ACGUUGUACAUUGGUGUACAGUCAUAAUGGGACGUAGACCUACCUACCAUAUAGGCACAGUAGUCAGUCAUGAGGCGCGUACCUUUGAUAGCUUGAUUUUUCUCCUAGUUCGUAGUACAUUGAAGUGCCACGCUUCAAUGGCCGUCAUAACACGGCGGACACAGGUUAGUAUGUACUGGGAAAACAAAUAAAGAACAAAUUCCACCGAGGUGAAGGACAAGGCUGAAGAGCCAGGCAAGGGAGCAGAAUAAACGGUCUGACGUAUCAUGUUCGGCCGACGAUUGUGCGUGGUGACCUGUCUAUUUGUGGAAAUAUGUUCUUGUCAGACGAACCUUAUCUGGAUAUCAGACUCGUCUCGAGUUUCGCCUCCCUCUCCAACCUCGUAAUGCUCCGGACUCCUUACAAUCUCGGGUCAGCGUUUCUGGCUUUUUGUCUCAUAGACGUUCACUAUGUCGGCCAGUGGUCAGAUUGUAGCACAAUGUGACCGCGAUGGUGACUCUUUCGAUGUCAACGACUUCUUCAUCGGUCCAGCGACUAUCGAGAGUCGGUCUACAGUCGAAACUCCGGCUAUGGGAUUGAAUCCUGCAGUCACUCCAGAGCCUCACGCGUCUCAUGCCCCCGAGGUCCGGUCAUCCAUAGAGGAUAUGAAGCCCGAGGAGGACCACCAGUCAUCACAAUCUCCCAUGGAUGAUUAUCUUGCUCUAGGGGCUAUCCGCCUCACCAAAGCCCCUGGCUGCGAAGAGCAGAGCUGGCUCAUGAAUGGGCCUGACCAGCAACUUCCACACCCACAUCCGCUGCUAUCUCUUGGUGAAAAGCGUCUAUGGAUCCGUACCAAGUUGCUCCACGACAGCAGCUGCCCGGAUCGAGCGUCCCUGCGAAUCUAUGUCCUGCCGGAAGAUGUCAAUCGGGGUACGAGAGGCUCGCUCAAGGAUUUUAGGAAGAUCCUCAAACUUCUCUUAUCGUUCAUCGAUAUUGCCUCUCAAACAUGGGAGGGAUUGUAUGACCCAGAUUCUCCCGUACGCACAUACCUUGCUCCUGCAAAAGCACAGGAAGAAUCAUUGUUCUACAUCUUCAACACCCUCGCAUCACCUCAGCCCUCGCUGGGCAGUGCUGGACCAGGUCUAUACGAUCAGCAAGCAAUGUCCGCCAUCUUUGAGGACGACAUACCCGGGCUCAAAACCACGCUAUACCAGUAUCAGAAGCGAUCAGCCGCUGCCAUGUUGCAGAGAGAGGCCAAUCCUGGUAAAUCACUGGACCCAAGAAAGCCACGUUAUAAAGACAUACACGGGAAAGAAUUCUAUCUCGACGUGCUUGAAGGCGUGCUGCUUUCUCAUCCAUACUUGUAUAGUGAGCCACGCGGCGGGAUACUUGCGGAGACCAUGGGCUACGGAAAGACCUUGAUAUGCAUAGCGCUCAUUCUAGCCACGAGAGGACACUAUCCCGCGAUACCCGAAGGCAGGCUUGACGCAUUUUCAGAUCGCCAGAACCGUCGAACACCAAGUCUGCUCGAACUGGCGGCCAAGACACUCAAGCGGACAGCCGUGCCGUGGAAGGGACACUUCUCCUGUCUUGAAAACGAGGGGUAUGGUUUCGAGCAUUGUCUUGAGGUCAUCGACAAAUAUGAUGCUGAGUAUGCCGAACCCAUCUACAGCCCCACGACACCAAGUCGCGCAGGUAAGAAACGGGAAGAGUUCAGGAUUAUGCGCCUAUGUUAUGCGACCCUACUCAUAGUUCCCCCGAAUCUUCUCGUGCAAUGGCAACACGAGUUCGAGAAGCAUACAGAACCCGGAGCACUCGACAUCCUCGUGCUCGAGUCCUCGACGAAAGAAAUCCCAGAUUAUCGGGAACUGAUGAAAUAUGACGUCGUCCUCAUCACAAAGUCUCGCUUUGAACAAGAGUAUCGCGAUGAUGAUCAAAACCUAGGCCGGCGGAUGCCGGGACAAGGCAAAUUCGAAUCUCAGUUGACCCAGGUCCGUUGGUUGCGGGUGAUCUGCGACGAAGGGCAUGGCUUUGCGGGAUCAAGUUAUCGCACCAACGCGAUGGCGAUGCUUGAUAAAAUGUCCAUCGAGAGACGCUGGGUGGUAUCAGGGACGCCGUCCCACAGCCUCCACGGCGUCGAGGUGAAUCUGGCCAUCAACGACGCAAGCCGAACCGGCGACUCCUCCCGUGCUGAUUCUAUUAAAGACGCGUUGAUGCGCCGCAAGCACAAAGACUCAACCAUUGAGGAGAUCAAGGACAUGGAACGGCUGCGCGUCAUGGUAGUCAAGUUUUUGAAAUUACAACCGUGGGCAAACCAGAAAGGAGCCGACCACGCCGACUGGAAGCGAUACCUGGCGCCCUUUGAUCGCUCAGGCAAUCGACGCUUUGCACCAGCGCUGCGGGCUAUUAUGCAAUCUCUCAUUGUGCGGCACCGCAUCGAGGAUAUCGACAACGAUCUCUGUCUUCCUCCGCUGCACAAUACCGCUGUUUACUUGGAGCCGAGCUACUACGACAAACUCAACAUGAACCUGUUUCGGUUGAAGCUGACCUCUAAUGCCGUCACUUCUGAGCGCGUGGACGAGGAUUACAUGUUCCACCCGCGGAACCGCAAAUACCUGGACGAGCUCAUCGGCAAUCUGCGAAGAGCCAGUUUUCACUGGGUGGGUUUCACUCAAGAGGACGUCUCGCAGACUUUGCGUGUGAGCAAUACUUAUAUGGAUGAGAACCUCGAUAAGUUGUCCGAUGACGAUGGCCGGGCUCUGACCGAGGCGAUCAUGAACGGCGAGCGUGCUCUCAACGAUGCCGGGUGGCGUGCUUUCUCGACCUUGCACGAAAUAGGCGUGUACAUCGAGGGCUUUCCAGACCACGCGGCACAGGCUUGGGCAUUGCACGGAGAGCCUUCAAACCCUUUACUUUUGGGGACGGUGCAGGCUCGAGAAGCGCAGCAACAUAUUUGGAAGCAACUGGACAGCCACGAGCCGGACUCGGAUCCUGCAGCGGGACUGACAGGCGCUGGUCUUCGGGCCAUGCAAGCCGCAAGAGCUCGAGCCGCCGAGGAACAAAAGACCCGAAGCAAAGACACAUUUGACACUACGAGCGGCACUGGCAAGAGUGCCGGCGACGAGCCCAAAGUCAAGAGCCAAUCGACUUCUUCGACAGCUUUGAGACCCCAAAAGCCUACUUCAAUUCCAAAUUCCACUACGUCAGAGAAAACAAAUACCAACACUCUUCCACCGAAACGACCUUUACCACCACGAACAACCUCCCUACCAGCAAACUUGGCAAGCACAAAAAUCAUAGGCUUCACAUCCUCCAAACUCAACUACCUCUGCUCCCGCAUUUUGGAUCUCCAAGCAACCGAAAAAAUCAUCGUCUUCUACGACUCCAACAACAUCGCCUUCUGGAUCGCCGAAGCCUUAGAGUUACUUUCUGUCCAGUUCCUCAUCUACGCAAAUACCCUAUCAGUCAAUCGGAGGGCAGCAUACCUCGCGACAUUCAACACAUCAGAAACCUUCCGCGUGUUGCUGAUGGAUCUAAAACAGGCCUCUCACGGUCUCCACGUCGCAUGCGCCAGUCGCGUGUUUAUCGUCUCGCCUAUCUGGCAGCCGGGCGUUGAGUCGCAGGCCAUCAAGCGUGCUCACCGGAUCGGUCAGACUCGUCCUGUGUAUGUUGAGACUUUGGUCCUACGGGGGACACUGGAGGAUAAAAUUCUCAAUCGUCGUCAACAGAUGAGUAAUGCUGAGCUUGUCAGGGCUGAAAAGAGUCUGUUGGAUGAUGGGAUCAUGAAUGAAAUUAUUCGCGGUGAUGGGUUUUUGGAGAUUGGCGAGGAUGACGACAACCACGACGGCGGCAGCGGAGGUCGCCGUGAGGGUCCAGGCGUCGACGACAAACACGGUUUCAAAGGUGGGAAAUUAGACCACCCUGUCCCGUUGUUCGACAGAGCAACCCCGGCAGGUGAGAUCUGGCGUUCGGGUGCUGAAGUCCACGACAUGGGUGAGGACUGCGAGUCGCAUGUCUCUAAGAGGCGCAAGCUGGAGACCUCUCGCAACACAACUCCUACCGCGGCUGGAGCGACCAAAUCGGUAGGCUUUGUCCUUGCAGAUUCGGUUGAGGGAUACUCUUCGCCUUCAGACUCUCCUUCUACAACAGACCCGCCACCGUCCGCACCAACGACAGAGGCUACUAUUGCUGAAGUACCGUCCGCGGUGAUCGAUGGACGAGGCCCGCACGGUGUCGAGGAUACGAAUACAAGGAGAGCAAAGAAGAGCGUGAGACUCAUGUUGCCGGUGAAUGGAUGAGGGUUCUUGAGGUUCCAGAAAACUCGCGACUGCUGUUCCACAAACGUUUACUGUGGUUCGAGCGAGGAGUUACAUAACCUUGUUGUAAUACAAAAAUUGGAUUCCCUUUCCCGAUUUCAGCAAUGGAGUGAUAUGACGUGCGUUUCAUUUUACAACAAAGACUUUGGUUAUGGCCACAACCAGUAACUGCAGCUAUAAAACAUACGUCCAUACAUAACAUUCUUCUUUCAUCAGAAAGACCGUUCAAACUAUUCGACACGGUUACCCAGUACCCACCAGUAAGCACAUCACAGACAGUUGGCCCGUCCUUGGGCCUCAUACUUGGACGACCAAUGAACAGAUGUUGGUUGGAUGAUCCGAUCAACGGUAUCAGAUAACGUCCUAAUCCUGGACAGAUCAGAUCGAAAUAAAGAAACUCUUCUCCCCGUCUCUCGGCUCCACGAGACAACGUUUGAGGAUAGGAUCAGCGCACGAAACCCGGAUACGCUCCGGAGUGGCGGGACUUCGGAGAUUCAGGACCGCCUCCUCGCCAUGCUCGGCACGGGCGGCCUUCAAGGCAUCGCGAAUGGCGAAGAAGACGGCGCUGCCCAUGAAGAGAGGCGGCUCGCCUACACCCCUGCUGCGCUGGAUGGUGCGCAAGUUCUUCCACUCGACGUCCUUGAGGAGCGAGAUGUUCAUGACCUGCGGGAUGUCACGGAACCCGGGGAUCUUGUACGCUCCAGGCCCACGGGUGAAGAUCUGACCGGACGCGCGAUGCCAGAGUGAUUCCUCAGUCGUGAACAAGCCCUGACCCUGGACAUAGGCGCCCUCAAUCUGGCCGUAGUCGAUUGCCGGGUUGAUGCUACGACCUACAUCCAUUUUGAUGUCGGUGCGCAAACACGUCCAGUCGCCAGUCAGGGUAUCGAUGAGCACUUCGGACGCCGCCACGCCCUGGGUGAAAUAGAAGAACAUCUUGCCUGUGUUCUCGAGAGACGGGUCGUCUGGGUUGGGACCCCAGAUGUACCCGAUUUCGGGAGUGCGGUAGAACCCGUUGGCGCUCAGGUUGACUCGGUCAAAGUAGGCGGCGUGCGCCAGUUCUUUCAUGGUCGCGUUCGGGCCCAACUUCGCCCGGUAUGGGGCAAGACGUUCGUUGAUCUGCAUGCAUGCGUUGUAAGCGGCAUAGCCGUUGAGGUCGGAAGACGCGGACGCAGCUGUGCUUGACGUGUUCGCCACCGUGUUGGUAGCUGUCUCUGAGAUGUAUACGUCCGACAACGGCACCUGAAGUGCUUCAGCGACAAUCAUACAGAUCUUUGUGUGUAAGCCUUGGCCCAUUUCAGUGCCACCGUGAGCCACGAGGACCGAGCCGUCAUGGUAUAUGUGUACCAGGGCGCCUGCUUGGUUGAGGAACAAUGCUGUGAACGAAAUGCCGAACUUGGUCGGGAUCAAUGCGAGGCCCUUCUUCUGCCACUUGUGAGUGGCGUUGAAGUCGUCAACGGCCUUACGGCGAGUCUCAUAGUCGGCUGACUCCUUGACUUGUUUCCACAUAAGAGGCACGUGCCAGUCUUCGAGCUCUUGGUUGAAGUGUGUUUGAUCCCCUUCCUUGUAAAGGUUGAUCUCACGCAGCUUUUCAACCGGCAUCUUCAGGUGGUCGGCCACCUCCUCCAUGAACGUCUCGCAAAUGAACAUGCCCUGCGGCCCUCCAAAGCCGCGAAACGCGCUGUUUGAAACCGUGUUGGUCUUACAGAUGCGCCCAUCAACAUCUAUGUUUGGAAUGUUGUAGCAUCCGUCGAUAUGGGACAGAGACCGGUCGACUACUGCGGCGGACAGAUCUUGCGACCAACCGCCGUUAUUGAACACAUUGGCUCGAAGAGCCUGGAUCUUGCCGUCCUUGUUCACACCAACCUUCCAAAUAGCAAAGAAAGGGUGUCUCUGACCAGACGUCACAAUGUCUUCGUCGCGGUUGAGCAUACACCGAACCGGGCGCCUGACCUUGUUGGCGGCGACAGCGCAUAUUGUUGACAGUUGAAUUGACCGAGUCUCUUUCCCACCAAACCCACCACCGAGGCGCUUGACUUUAGCCACAACCUUGUUGGAUUGUACACCAAGCGCUUUGGAAGCAUACGCCUGUGUCUCUGAUGGAUUCUGAGUGCUGCACCAGAUCUCCAUCUCGCCAUCUUCCGGUUUGGGAAUGGCAAGGCAUGCCUGCGUCUCCAAGUAGAAGUGUUCUUGUCCUCCCAUCCUCGCCGUCCCCUCAAAAACGUAGUCACAUUCUUGGAAAGCCUUGUCCACGUCGCCCCGCCGGAUGUACCGGUAGUGCUCGAAGAAGCUCUGCUUUUCGAUAGCUUCUUCAAUGGUGAAAAUCGCCGGGAGCUCCUCGUACUCAACGACGACAGCCCGGGCUCCGGCGGAGGCCUGGUGCGCGGUCUUUGCUAAAACCAUGCCGAUGGGUUGGCCAGCUGUGAAAACCUCAUCCUCGGCAAAGAAGACUUCAUCACAAACAGGCGCGCCCCACCAGUUGGCUUUUGGGUCGACAACAUCGUGCCGAUCGAUCCAGGCCACCACACCUGGGAGAUCUAAUGCAGGGCUGGGAUCUACCUUCAAUAGCUUUGCAUGUGCUUUGGUCGACAGCACCAGGCAACCAAUGAGUUCGUUCUUCUGAACGGGGAUAUCGUCAGUAUAUUGCGCUUCGCCAGUGCACUGUUUCAACGCUGCGAGGUGAGGAUUCGAUUUGCCCAGAACCUUCUGUGAGUAUGCAGCCGCGGCUUCAUGGUCCUUUUGGCCACGAGAUAUCUCUCUUUCUAUUUCGGCAAUAGCUUCCUUGUCGACCUCCUGACUGAUACCCUCUAUACUGGCAAGGACAUCCUGGUAGAACCGAUAAAAGAAGCCUAGAGCAAGCGAUUUCCUGUAGGUCGCCAUGCCGCCGGGGACGCCGAAAGGAAGAUUGAAAUCUUUCUCCAAAGCAUUCAUCACGCCCUCAAGGGUCUGGGGAUCGGGAAAC